CCCUACCUCGCACACCCUGCGGCAUUCGCUCCUCAGACACCGACGGGGUGGUAGUGAUGGCAGACGCCAAUCCUAGCACCGCGGCGGCCGCCGAGGAAGCCAAGCCUGAUGCGAAGACAGUCCAGGUGCUGCGGGACAUGGCCAAUCGCCUGCGCAUCCAUUCUAUCAGGGCCACGUGUGCUUCGAGCUUCGGCCACCCUACAUCCUCCAGCAGUGCUGCUGAGAUCAUGUCCGUGCUGUUUUUCCACAUCAUGAGAUACAAACAGGAUGAUCCGGAGAACGUAGACAAUGACCGUUUCAUUCUCUCCAAGAGACUUUCAUUUGUUGAUGUGGCAACUGGAUGGCUCGGGCAAGGACUGGGGGCCGCUUGCGGGAUGGCAUAUACUGGCAAGUACUUUGACAAAGCAAGCUACCGCGUGUUCUGCCUCAUGGGAGAUGGCGAGUCCUCUGAAGGCUCCGUCUGGGAGGCAUUGGCUUUUGCUUCCCACUACAAUCUGGACAAUCUUGUGGCCAUCUUCGACGUGAACCGCCUGGGCCACAGUGGUGCCUUGCCCGUUGAGCACUGCAUAGAUGUCUAUCAGAAACGCUGUGAAGCCUUUGGGUGGAAUACUUACGUGGUGGAUGGCCGUGAUGUGGAGGCCCUGUGCCAGGUGUUCUGGCAGGCAAGUCAAGUGAGGAACAAGCCCAGUGCUGUAGUUGCCAAGACCUUCAAGGGCCGGGGCAUUCCAAGUGUUGAAGAUGUAGAAAAUUGGCAUGGAAAACCAAUGCCAAAGGAAAGAGCUGAUGCAAUUAUAAAACUGAUUGAGAGCCAGAUACAGACUAACAAGAAUCCUGAACCAAAACCCCCUAUUGAAGACUCGCCUCUAAUCAAUAUUGUGGAUAUAGAAAUGAGCUCUCCACCUGCUUACAAAGUCGGUGAGCAGAUAGCUACUCGGAAAGCCUGUGGUUUGGCUCUGGCUAAGCUGGGCCAUGCAAACGAUAGAGUCAUUGUGCUGGAUGGUGACACCAAGAACUCCACCUUCUCAGACAUAUUCAAGAGAGAGCACCCUGAGCGGUUCAUUGAAUGUUUUAUUGCUGAGCAAAACAUGGUGAGCGUGGCACUGGGAUGCGCCACCCGUGGUCGGACCAUUGCUUUUGCUAGCACCUUCGCUGCCUUCUUGACCCGAGCAUUUGAUCAAAUCCGGAUGGGAGCCAUCUCUCAAAUCAACAUCAACCUUAUUGGGUCCCACUGCGGGGUAUCCGUUGGUGAAGAUGGUCCCUCCCAGAUGGCCCUGGAAGAUCUGGCCAUGUUCCGAUCCGUUCCCAACUGCACUAUUUUCUAUCCAAGUGAUGCCAUCUCAACAGAGCAUGCUGUUUUCCUGGCAGCCAAUACCAAGGGGAUGUGCUAUAUUCGGACCAGCAGACCGGAAACUGCAGUUAUUUACACCCCACAAGAAAGCUUUGUGAUCGGACAGGCCAAGGUCGUCCGCCACAGUGUCAAUGACAAAGUCACAGUUAUUGGAGCUGGAGUUACUCUGCAUGAAGCCUUAGCAGCUGCCGAAAAUCUUUCCAAGGAAGAUAUUUCCAUCCGUGUCAUCGACCUGUUCACCAUUAAACCCCUGGAUGUUACCACCAUUAUCUCUAAUGCCAAAGCCACAGGUGGCCGUAUUAUCACAGUGGAGGAUCACUACCCAGAAGGUGGCAUCGGGGAGGCUGUCUCUGCAGCUGUCUCCAUGGAGCCUGACAUCUUGGUCCAUCAGCUGGCAGUGCCUGGAGUGCCUCAGAGUGGGAAGCCGAGUGAGCUGCUGGAUAUGUAUGGAGUCAGUGCCAGACACAUCAUAGUGGCCGUGAAAUGUAUUUUAAUGAACUAAAAUACAUUACUUGGCAUUAGACUUGGAAGACUGGCUUCUCUACCUUACAUUUAUGCUUGCUGCCAGACUUAUCAUUUAAAUCUAUACAGUUAUAUUUUCUUAAAAAUUUAAGCAAGUUAACUACUUUCCUGUUAAACCAUAAGUACAUAUACAAGUGUAACUCUCAUCUUUGACUCAUUAAUAAGAUUACAAAUAAGAGAAUAGCUGACAAAACAACCACAUAAAAGUUUUCUGAUAAGACAACGGGUAACUGGGUUAGGGAUCAACGUAGGAUAAGUUUCUUAAAUGUGUAUUGUAAGUAAAGAAAGUGUAAAUUGCACUGUCAACUGCAUCGCUCACAUGUUGUGGCCCUGUAGCACCCUGCCCCACACAGCUGUCCUCAUCUGACAGUUUGCGUGCUGCCAUCCUACCUGCAGCUUCCUGGGGACAGUGUGACUGUAGGUGCCCUGGAACCUCCUCUGGCGUUUGCCUUCAUCUCCCCUGGACAGGGCGGAGGCUGUGGAGCAGCAGCGGAAGCUCUCCGGGUGUCCUGUGCUGUGACAAGAGGACACAAACUAGUUCUAGUCUCGACACUGCACUCCUUUGUGAGUGCGCUCAAAUGUCUCAUUUGCCCAGGGACCAAACUGUUAGCUCAAUCAUAUUCAUCUGCUAAAGGUACUAGUUAAUGUUAAUAAAGCAUUUAAAAAACCCAGCUGCUUUACUCUCUUUGUGCUUUGUAUGUGUGAUCUGGUCUCCUUAAUAAAAUUCUAAUUAAGGAAGGAGUUUCUAUCUAAACCAGGAAAGAGAGUUCCGUUCCCCUACAAUAGAAGCCCGCGGAAAAGGUAUUAGGCGGGAGGUGUACCACUAGACGAUAGUGUAUGGCUUGAGCUGACAAGAGGAAUGUCUUGAUACGUCAUGGUCCUAAUUUUUACUGCCCUUAUUCACUGGUCAGCAGGGGUCUUUGUUCAAGAAUAGUAGAGACCCAGACCCAGAACUACCCUGGCACUUGGGAGUCCUCGUAGGGGCCUGUUCACUCUGCUCCUGUGCUUUUAAAUCACUGAACUGGUUUCCUGGCCUGUAAAAUUAGCAUGAUGAUUGCUGUGCUUGUUUCACAAGAUUUCAAAAACAUUUAUUUUUGUGUAAGACAAUAGAAGAUAAAACAUCAAUAUACAAAAAUACUAAAAAUAUCAAAUGGAUUUUAAAAAGUAACAGUUGAUACAGGGUCACUGUAGAAAAUCUAGAAAAUACAAAUUUUGACCUCACUUAACCAACCAUCUCACACUCCAUAUAAGUCAGCCUUUUAAACUGCACAAUUCAGUGGUUUUUAAUAUACUCACCCGAGUUGUGCAACUAUCACCAUGAUCCGUUUUAGGACUCCCAAAAAGAAACCCUGAAUUCCUUAGUAGUCACUACCAUUCCCCUUCCCAGCCCCUGGCAACCACUCCUGUAUUUUCUGUCUCUGGAUUUGCCUCUUCUGGACAUUCCAUAUGAGUAGAAUUGUAUAGGGUAUGGCCUUUUGGGCUUUGGCUUUUUUCACUUCAUGUAAUGCAUUUGAGGUUCAUCCACAUGGUAGCAUGUGCCAGGACUCCAUUCCUUUUUAUGGCCACAUAAUCCUUCCUAUGUAUAUACCACAUUUUAUUCAUCAGUUGGACGUUUAGGUGCUUCUCACUUUUUCUGUUGUGAAUAAUGCUACAAACAUUCUAUAAGUUCGUGGAUGUGAAUUUUCAGUUCUCUUGGGUGUAUAUAAAUCUAGGAGUGGAGUUGCAGACCUGUAAUUUCUGUUUACAACUUUUCGUGUGUGUGUGUGUGUGAGAAAGGGAAAAAAAGUUUGAGGAGUGGGAGACUGAUCAUGAAGGUGCCCUGACGUGUAAAGCACUGGAUACUCUUAAGGCUAGCCAUUAGGAAUACAGCCAGAAUGUAUGGUCAUGCAUGAUGAGCACCACAUCUGCUCGGAUUCAGGUGUAAAAUGCCCCAUCUGGUGAGAUCGACAACAAAAAUAGAACAAUCAAUACAAUCCAUGAUGAAAGGGCUGUUCCAAAAGCCUAAAUUCAGGCCCCCACAGGUGCUAGGCCAAAACAGUAGGACCCAUUUGGUAACACAGGCUGAGAGGAGCCAUGAUGAGAAAGAGAAGGAAAUGGACUUGUAGCCAGCGUCGCUCAGCUAUAGCUCCUGAGUACAGAGUAGCCAAAGCGGAGGAGGAAGCACACCAUCAAAUCUUGUAGGUGCUAAAAUAGGUCUGAAUGUUGGAGGGGGUCCACCCUUUUUGCCUCAGUUUUUUCACCUAUAAAAGGGGAUGACGGUGCUGAUGAUGGUGAUAAUAUCUAUCUCAUAGGGUUGUGGCCAGGAUUUUAGAAGUGCCACCGGAAUGUCCCCACUGACGGCCUCUUCGUUCCGGGCGUAUUCCUACUCCCCAGGCCCAGCCUCGGCCCGCCCCUCCCCCCCUCAAUGCUCAAGCCCCUUCCGGGCCUCAUCCCGGGCUUCGCAGUGACUAGGCCCCGCCUUUCCCGUCCCUGGCCAGCCCUCUCCUCAGCAGCCCUGGCUGCUCGCACCCACCUCCAAACCGCCUAUGCCCUACUGGGACUCCCUCUACCCACCAUUUGACACCGCUCACUCCAGCCGUGCCCGCCCGCCCGGCCGGCCGGCCCUGCGCCCCCCUCAAUACCGGGCCAAUUGAGAGCUGGCGGCAGUUGGGUCACGUUGUUGGGUUUUGUCCCGUCACUCAUUGGGCUCCAGCCAAUCAGCGUUGCUUGCGCCAGGCGGGUGCAGGAGCGGGUCAACGCCCUGAACAACGAGCAUCCCCGCGGGUGCUUAGCUGGAACCCCCAGGGUGUGAGGCACUGCAAAGCCCAGGUCCCCAAGGGACAAGUCGGAGAAGGGGCUCUGCCCUUAACCUUGGGCCAACCAGCGAUGGACAGAGGUAUGGCCAGAGAGAAAGGGACACUGGUGGUGGUGGGGGUGAUGGCCUUGGAGGGGCAGGGGU